GCCCGCUGCAGGAGGGAGCAUGCCCAGCAGAGGUCAGCUCCAUCACUCCCCCUGGUGGACAAUCUGCUAAAGGACAACACAGACGGCUGUGCCCUGUCCGUACUCCUCCACUUCUACUGCACAACGUCUGUCAGACUGGAAGGUAACGUACAGGAGGGUUAUUCUAUCACUUCAUACCUGUAGCCUUCUCUGUCAGACUGGAGGUAACGUUCAGGAAGGUUAGUCUAUCACUUCAUACCUGUAGCCUGCUCUGUCAGACUGGAGGUAACGUACAGGAAGGUUAUUCUAUCACUUCAUACCUGUAGCCUUCUUUGUCAGACUGGAGGUAACGUACAGGAAGGUUAGUCUAUCACUUCAUACCUGUAGCCUUCUCUGUCAGACUGGAAGGUACCGUACAGGAAGGUUAGUCUAUCACUUCAUACCUGUAGCCUUCUCUGUCAGACUGGAAGGUACCGUACAGGAAGGUUACUCUAUCACUUCAUACCUGUAGCCUUCUUUGUCAGACUGGAGGUAACGUACAGGAAGGUUAGUCUAUCACUACAUACCUGUAGCCUGCUCUGUCAGACUGGAAGGUAACGUACAGGAAGGUUACUCUAUCACUUCAUACCUGUAGCCUUCUCUGUCAGACUGGAAGGUACCGUACAGGAAGGUUAUUCUAUCACUUCAUACCUGUAGCUUUCUCUGUCAGACUGGAAGGUAACGUACAGGAAGUUUAGUCUAUCACUUCAUACCUGUAGCCUGCUCUUUCAGACUGGAAGGUACCGUACAGGAAGGUUAGUCUAUCACUUCAUACCUGUAGCCUGCUCUGUCAGACUGGAAGGUACCAUACAGGAAGGUUAUUCUAUCACUUCAUACCUGUAGCUUUCUCUGUCAGACUGGAAGGUACCGUACAGGAAGGUUAGUCUAUCACUAUAUACCUGUAGCCUGCUCUGUCAGACUGGAAGGUAACGUACAGGAAGGUUAGUCUAUCACUUCAUACCUGUAGCCAGCUCUGUCAGACUGGAAGGUAACGUACAGGAAGGUUAGUCUAUCACUAUAUACCUGUAGCCUGCUCUGUCAGACUGGAAGGUAACGUACAGGAAGGUUAGUCUAUCACUUCAUACCUGUAGCCAGCUCUGUCAGACUGGAAGGUAACGUACAGGAAGGUUAGUCUAUCACUUCAUACCUGUAGCCUUCUCUGUCAGACUGGAAGGUACCGUACAGGAAGGUUAGUCUAUCACUUCAAAUCUGUAGCCUUGUCUGUCAGACUGGAAGGUAACGUACAGGAAGUUUAGUCUAUCACUUCAUACCUGUAGCCUUCUCUGUCAGACUGGACGGUACCGUACAGGAGGGUUAUUUUAUCACUUCAUACCUGUAGCCUGCUCUGUCAGACUGGAAGGUAAUGUACAGGAAGGUUAGUCUAUCACUUCAUACCUGUAGCCUUCUCUGUCAGACUGGAGGUAACGUACAGGAAGGUUAGUCUAUCACUUCAUACCUGUAGCCUUCUUUGUCAGACUGGAAGGUACCGUACAGGAAGGUUAGUCUAUCACUUCAUACCUGUAGCCUUCUCUGUCAGACUGGAAGGUACCGUACAGGAAGGUUAUUCUAUCACUUCAUACCUGUAGCCUGCUCUGUCAGACUGGAAGGUAACGUACAGGAGGGUUAUUCUAUCACUUCAUACCUGUAGCCUGCUCUGUCAGACUGGAAGGUAUCGUACAGGAAGGUUAGUCUAUCACUACAUACCUGUAGCCUGCUCUGUCAGAUUGGAAGAUACCGUACAGGAAGGUUAGUCUAUCACUUCAUACCUGUAGCCAGCUCUGUCAGACUGGAAGGUAACGUACAGGAAGGUUAGUCAUUCACUUUAUACCUGUAGCCUGCUCUGUCAGAUUGGAAGGUACCGUACAGGAAGGUUAGUCUAUCACUUCAUACCUGUAGCCUUCUCUGUCAGACUGGAAGGUAAUGUACAGGAAGGUUAGUCUAUCACUUCAUACCUGUAGCCUUCUUUGUCAGACUGGAAGGUACCGUACAGGAAGGUUAGUCUAUCACUUCAUACCUGUAGCCUUCUCUGUCAGACUGGAAGGUACCGUACAGGAAGGUUAUUCUAUCACUUCAUACCUGUAGCCUGCUCUGUCAGACUGGAAGGUAACGUACAGGAGGGUUAUUCUAUCACUUCAUACCUGUAGCCUGCUCUGUCAGACUGGAAGGUAUCGUACAGGAAGUUUAGUCUAUCACUACAUACCUGUAGCCUGCUCUGUCAGAUUGGAAGAUACCGUACAGGAAGGUUAGUCUAUCACUUCAUACCUGUAGCCAGCUCUGUCAGACUGGAAGGUAACGUACAGGAAGGUUAGUCAUUCACUUUAUACCUGUAGCCUGCUCUGUCAGAUUGGAAGGUACCGUACAGGAAGGUUAUUCUAUCACUUCAUACCUGUAGCUUUCUCUGUCAGACUGGAAGGUACCGUACAGGAAGGUUAGUCUAUCACUUCAUACCUGUAGCCUGCUCUGUCAGACUGGAAGGUACCGUACAGGAAGGUUAGUAUAUCACUUCAUACCUGUAGCUUUCUCUGUCAGACUGGAAGGUAACGUACAGGAAGUUUAGUCUAUCACUUCAUACCUGUAGCCUGCUCUGUCAGACUGGAAGGUACCGUACAGGAAGGUUAGUCUAUCACUUCAUACCUGUAGCCUGCUCUGUCAGACUGGAAGGUACCAUACAGGAAGGUUAUUCUAUCACUUCAUACCUGUAGCUUUCUCUGUCAGACUGGAAGGUACCGUACAGGAAGGUUAGUCUAUCACUAUAUACCUGUAGCCUGCUCUGUCAGACUGGAAGGUAACGUACAGGAAGGUUAGUCUAUCACUUCAUAACUGUAGCCAGCUCUGUCAGACUGGAAGGUAACGUACAGGAAGGUUAGUCAUUCACUUUAUACCUGUAGCCUGCUCUGUCAGAUUGGAAGGUACCGUAGAGGAAGGUUAGUCUAUCACUUCAAAUCUGUAGCCUUGUCUGUCAGACUGGAAGGUAACGUACAGGAAGUUUAGUCUAUCACUUCAUACCUGUAGCCUUGUCUGUCAGACUGGAAGGUACCGUACAGGAAGGUUAGUCUAUCACUUCAAAUCUGUAGCCUUGUCUGUCAGACUGGAAGGUAACGUACAGGAAGUUUAGUCUAUCACUUCAUACCUGUAGCCUUGUCUGUCAGACUGGAAGGUAACGUACAGGAAGGUUAGUCUAUCACUUCAUACCUGUAGCCUGCUCUGUCAGACUGGAUGGUACCGUACAGGAAGGUUAGUCUAUUACUUCAUACCUGUAGCCUUCUCUGUCAGACUGGAGGUAUCGUACAGGAAGGUUAGUCUAUCACUUCAUACCUGUAGCCUGCUCUGUCAGAUUGGAAGAUACCGUACAGGAAGGUUAGUCUAUCACUUCAUACCUGUAGCCUUCUCUGUCAGACUGGAAGGUACCGUACAGGAAGGUUAGUCUAUCACUUCAUACCUGUAGCCUUCUUUGUCAGACUGGAAGGUACCGUACAGGAAGGUUAUUCUUUCACUUCAUAUCUGUAGCCUGCUCUGUCAGACUGGAAGGUACCGUACAGGAAGGUUAGUCUAUCACUUCAUACCUGUAGCCUUCUUUGUCAGACUGGAAGGUACCGUACAGGAAGGUUAGUCUAUCACUUCAUACCUGUAGCCUUCUCUGUCAGACUGGAAGGUACCGUACAGGAAGGUUAUUCUAUCACUUCAUACCUGUAGCCUGCUCUGUCAGACUGGAAGGUAACGUACAGGAGGGUUAUUCUAUCACUUCAUACCUGUAGCCUGCUCUGUCAGACUGGAAGGUAUCGUACAGGAAGGUUAGUCUAUCACUACAUACCUGUAGCCUGCUCUGUCAGAUUGGAAGAUACCGUACAGGAAGGUUAGUCUAUCACUUCAUACCUGUAGCCAGCUCUGUCAGACUGGAAGGUAACGUACAGGAAGGUUAGUCAUUCACUUUAUACCUGUAGCCUGCUCUGUCAGAUUGGAAGGUACCGUACAGGAAGGUUAGUCUAUCACUUCAUACCUGUAGCCUUCUCUGUCAGACUGGAAGGUAAUGUACAGGAAGGUUAGUCUAUCACUUCAUACCUGUAGCCUUCUUUGUCAGACUGGAAGGUACCGUACAGGAAGGUUAGUCUAUCACUUCAUACCUGUAGCCUUCUCUGUCAGACUGGAAGGUACCGUACAGGAAGGUUAUUCUAUCACUUCAUACCUGUAGCCUGCUCUGUCAGACUGGAAGGUAACGUACAGGAGGGUUAUUCUAUCACUUCAUACCUGUAGCCUGCUCUGUCAGACUGGAAGGUAUCGUACAGGAAGGUUAGUCUAUCACUACAUACCUGUAGCCUGCUCUGUCAGAUUGGAAGAUACCGUACAGGAAGGUUAGUCUAUCACUUCAUACCUGUAGCCAGCUCUGUCAGACUGGAAGGUAACGUACAGGAAGGUUAGUCAUUCACUUUAUACCUGUAGCCUGCUCUGUCAGAUUGGAAGGUACCGUACAGAAAGGUUAGUCUAUCACUUCAAAUCUGUAGCCUUGUCUGUCAGACUGGAAGGUAACGUACAGGAAGUUUAGUCUAUCACUUCAUACCUGUAGCCUUCUCUGUCAGACUGGAAGGUACCGUACAGGAGGGUUAUUCUAUCACUUCAUACCUGUAUUCUGCUCUGUCAGACUGGAAGGUACCGUACAGGAAGGUUAGUCUAUCACUUCAAACCUGUAGCCUUCUCUGUCAGACUGGAAGGUACCGUACAGGAGGGUUAUUUUAUCACUUCAUACCUGUAGCCUGCUCUGUCAGACUGGAAGGUACCGUACAGGAAGGUUAGUCUAUCACUUCAUACCUGUAGCCUUCUCUGUCAGACUGGAGGUAACGUACAGGAAGGUUAUUCUAUCACUUCAUAUCUGUAGCCUGCUCUGUCAGACUGGAAGGUACCGUACAGGAAGGUUAGUCUAUCACUUCAUACCUGUAGCCUUCUCUGUCAGACUGGAGGUAACGUACAGGAAGGUUAUUCUAUCACUUCAUAUCUGUAGCCUUCUCUGUCAGACUGGAAGGUACCGUACAGGAGGGUUAUUUUAUCACUUCAUACCUGUAGCCUUCUCUGUCAGACUGGAAGGUACCGUACAGGAGGGUUAUUUUAUCACUUCAUACCUGUAGCCUGCUCUGUCAGACUGGAAGGUAAUGUACAGGAAGGUUAUUCUAUCACUUCAUACCUGUAGCCUUCUCUGUCAGACUGGAGGUAACGUACAGGAAGGUUAGUCUAUCACUUCAUACCUGUAGCCAGCUCUGUCAGACUGGAAGGUAACGUACAGGAAGGUUAGUCUAUCACUUCAUACCUGUAGCCAGCUCUGUCAGACUGGAAGGUAACGUACAGGAAGGUUAGUCAUUCACUUUAUACCUGUAGCCUGCUCUGUCAGAUUGGAAGGUACCGUACAGGAAGGUUAGUCUAUCACUUCAUACCUGUAGCCUUCUCUGUCAGACUGGAAGGUAAUGUACAGGAAGGUUAGUCUAUCACUUCAUACCUGUAGCCUUCUUUGUCAGACUGGAAGGUACCGUACAGGAAGGUUAGUCUAUCACUUCAUACCUGUAGCCUUCUCUGUCAGACUGGAAGGUACCGUACAGGAAGGUUAUUCUAUCACUUCAUACCUGUAGCCUGCUCUGUCAGACUGGAAGGUAACGUACAGGAGGGUUAUUCUAUCACUUCAUACCUGUAGCCUGCUCUGUCAGACUGGAAGGUAUCGUACAGGAAGGUUAGUCUAUCACUACAUACCUGUAGCCUGCUCUGUCAGAUUGGAAGAUACCGUACAGGAAGGUUAGUCUAUCACUUCAUACCUGUAGCCAGCUCUGUCAGACUGGAAGGUAACGUACAGGAAGGUUAGUCAUUCACUUUAUACCUGUAGCCUGCUCUGUCAGAUUGGAAGGUACCGUACAGAAAGGUUAGUCUAUCACUUCAAAUCUGUAGCCUUGUCUGUCAGACUGGAAGGUAACGUACAGGAAGUUUAGUCUAUCACUUCAUACCUGUAGCCUUCUCUGUCAGACUGGAAGGUACCGUACAGGAGGGUUAUUCUAUCACUUCAUACCUGUAUUCUGCUCUGUCAGACUGGAAGGUACCGUACAGGAAGGUUAGUCUAUCACUUCAAACCUGUAGCCUUCUCUGUCAGACUGGAAGGUACCGUACAGGAGGGUUAUUUUAUCACUUCAUACCUGUAGCCUGCUCUGUCAGACUGGAAGGUACCGUACAGGAAGGUUAGUCUAUCACUUCAUACCUGUAGCCUUCUCUGUCAGACUGGAGGUAACGUACAGGAAGGUUAUUCUAUCACUUCAUAUCUGUAGCCUGCUCUGUCAGACUGGAAGGUACCGUACAGGAAGGUUAGUCUAUCACUUCAUACCUGUAGCCUUCUCUGUCAGACUGGAGGUAACGUACAGGAAGGUUAUUCUAUCACUUCAUAUCUGUAGCCUUCUCUGUCAGACUGGAAGGUACCGUACAGGAGGGUUAUUUUAUCACUUCAUACCUGUAGCCUUCUCUGUCAGACUGGAAGGUACCGUACAGGAGGGUUAUUUUAUCACUUCAUACCUGUAGCCUGCUCUGUCAGACUGGAAGGUAAUGUACAGGAAGGUUAUUCUAUCACUUCAUACCUGUAGCCUUCUCUGUCAGACUGGAGGUAACGUACAGGAAGGUUAUUCUAUCACUUCAUAUCUGUAGCCUGCUCUGUCAGACUGGAAGGUACCGUACAGGAAGGUUAGUCUAUCACUUCAUACCUGUAGCCUUCUCUGUCAGACUGGAGGUAACGUACAGGAAGGUUGUUCUAUCACUUCAUACCUGUAGCCUUCUCUGUCAGACUGGAAGGUACCAUACAGGAAGGUUACUCUGUCACUUCAUACCUGUAGCCUGCUCUGUCAGACUGGAAGGUAUCGUACAGGAAGGUUAGUCUAUCACUACAUACCUGUAGCCUGCUCUGUCAGAUUGGAAGAUACCGUACAGGAAGGUUAGUCUAUCACUUCAUACCUGUAGCCAGCUCUGUCAGACUGGAAGGUAACGUACAGGAAGGUUAGUCAUUCACUUUAUACCUGUAGCCUGCUCUGUCAGAUUGGAAGGUACCGUACAGGAAGGUUAGUCUAUCACUUCAUACCUGUAGCCUUCUCUGUCAGACUGGAAGGUACCGUACAGGAAGGUUAUUCUAUCACUUCAUACCUGUAGCCUGCUCUGUCAGACUGGAAGGUACCGUACAGGAAGGUUAGUCUAUCACUUCAUACCUGUAGCCUUCUCUGUCAGACUGGAAGGUACCGUACAGGAAGGUUAUUCUAUCACUUCAUACCUGUAGCCUGCUCUGUCAGACUGGAAGGUACCGUACAGGAAGGUUAGUCUAUCACUUCAUACCUGUAGCCUUCUCUGUCAGACUGGAAGGUACCGUACAGGAAGGUUAGUCUAUCACUUCAUACCUGUAGCCUUCUCUGUCAAACUGGAAGGUAACGUACAGGAAGGUUAGUCUAUCACUUCAUACCUGUAGCCUGCUCUGUCAGACUGGAAGGUACCGUACAGGAAGGUUAGUCUAUCACUUCAUACCUGUAGCCUUCUCUGUCAGACUGGAAGGUACCGUACAGGAAGGUUAGUCUAUCACUUCAUACCUGUAGCCUUCUCUGUCAAACUGGAAGGUAACGUACAGGAAGGUUAGUCUAUCACUUCAUACCUGUAGCCUGCUCUGUCAGACUGGAAGGUAACGUACAGGAAGGAUAGUCUAUCACUUCAUACCUGGAGCCUUCUCUGUCAGACUGGACGGUACCGUACAGGAAGGUUAUUCUAUCACUUCAUACCUGUAGCCUUCUUUAAAAUAGAAAAAAUUGGCAUUCUUUUACAGCCAACUAUUGUGUCCAUAAUUAAGUAUUCAGAUAACAGCUGUAAAGGUAUUACAGAUGGACUCAUUGACACCAUCAAUUAUUUAAAAUAAUACAUGAAAAGUACCAUCAAUAGCUAUAUUGUUUUUUUAUUAGACAUGUAGACAACAGAAUUCUCCCACAGUGUGAUCACAGGAUCUAUUCUAAGACAAUGACCCCUGACCUUGAAAUAACCCCACCUGACUGGAACCUCCCUUAUCACCAUGACCUCAGUCUUACAGAUACUAGCUAAAUCUUGGGCGGCAGAUAGCUUAGUGGUUAAGAGUGUUGUGCCAAUAACUGAAAGGUUGCUGGUUCUAAUCCCCGAGCCGACUAGGUGAAAAAUCUGUCAAUGUGCCCUUGAGCAAGGCACUUAACCCUAAUUGCUCCUGUAAGUCGCUCUGGAUAAGAGUGUAUGCUAAAAAAUAAAUAAAUAAAUAGCUAACCCACACAGAGAAGAGGGAGAAUAGCUGAUCCACUAUCCUGCCCAGUAGAUAUGACUUAUCCACUAUCCUGCCCAGUAGAUAUGACUUAUCCACUAUCCUGCCCAGGAGAUAGGAUACGGAAGGAUUCCGUUGGAAAGAAGAUUAGCCCCUGGUGAUGAAGUCAAUGUGUACAAUUUGGCCAAUACCAUCAAAUGUUCAGAUCCAUGAGGUUCAGAUUUAUUAUGGGAAUGGUGUCAUUAGGGGAUGUACAAUUAAACCUGACUGAAAUGCAUAUCAUGAGAGAGAGAGAGAGAUGGCGAGACGGGGGAGAGAGACAGACGGCCAGAGACAGACUGCCAGAGAGAGAGAGAAUGUAGUGGCAUGUUUCAGUUCUGAGCCUGUUGAUAGAGUAGCCAGUGGGCCAGACUUCACCCACUAUUCAAAUAAUGCCCCAGGGCCAGACUGAGACGUGAUUGGUCAGGAGUUAAUAGCAGCAUAGUCCUUUGGAUGAGAGGAGAACGUUGACUUUUAUUUUUUUAACAAUAAACAAUUCCACCCCCUCUACUUGUGCCCAGUCGUAUAUAGAUGGCUCUGUGUGCUACUACAAUCAGAUAUUCUAAAGGAUUGGACAGUGAAUUAUAUACCGUAAAUAUUAUUAACUGUUACAGUAGGCUAUGCAUGACCCAGCUGUUACAAUCAUUUCAUUCACUUCCAUGUCACUUAACAUUUCAUUUAGACUCCUAGUGUGGAAAUACUGUACUUCCUGAAGAAUCUGGACACUGAUGACAUCACUGUCCCAAUCCUUCUUCAGCUCGUUCUAGUCUGCGUGGGCUCUCCCCAUCAUGACAACAUUGUCUCUGUUCCGCUGUUUGUUCUCUCCCCGCCCUCGCCCCUGCCUUCUAACCCCGCCUCCUCCCACUGUUAUUCUGGCCAAAUACUACAAAUAAUACUAAAUGCUUUAUAAAAGGUACAUUUCUAAUAAAGUACAAAUACAAAUCCUUUUCAAUGUUUUUUAGACCAUUGCCACUCUCAAUAAUAUAUAUUAUAUAAACUGUAUACGUAUAUCGUUUAUAUCAAGAACAAACAACCCAUUGAUGCAUUGCUGAAGCUUUUCCAUUGCAUUUGAAAACAAACCCUUAAACUCUAACUCUUAACUCCGCCCCUGUGCUCUCUCCUCUCUGCGCCCUCCAGAUAUCUGUCUGAAGGAGACCAUGUCGCUGGCUGACAGUCUGUACAACUUGCAGCUGGUGCAGGAGUUCUGCAGGGACAACCUCAACCACUGCUGCCACUUCUCCCUGGAGGACAUGCUCUAUGCCCACUCCUCCAUCAAGGUAGGAGGACCAGGGAGGAUGUGCUCUAUGCCCACUCCUCCAUCAAGGUAGGAGGACCAGGGAGGAUGUGCUCUAUGCCCACUCCUCCAUCAAGGUAGGACCAGGGGGACAGGACAGAGAGGGAGGCUGUGGACAGGGGAGGAGGUCUGGGGGGACAAGACAGAGAGGGAGGCUGUGGACAGGGGAGGAGGUCUGGGGGGACAGGACAGAGAGGGAGGCUGUGGACAGGGGAGGAGGUCUGGGGGGACAGGACAGAGAGGGAGGCUGUGGACAGGGGAGGAGGUCUGGGGGGACAGGACAGAGAGGGAGGCUGUGGACAGGGGAGGAGGUCUGGGGGGACAGGACAGAGAGGGAGGCUGUGGACAGGGGAGGAGGUCUGGGGGGACAGGACAGAGAGGGAGGCUGUGGACAGGGGAGGAGGUCUGGGGGGACAGGAGGGGACCAGGGGGGCCAGGACUGGGUUGGUUAGUUAGGUAGGGAGGGAAAUGGGGUGUUGACAUUGGAGGUAGAGUGGUGCUGUAUAAAUGUGUGAUUGAGUGGUAUGUGUGGAGAAAUGGCUGAAAGGGGUUAUUUGAAUAAGAUAAUGAUGCAUAGAGUUGGUAAUGAUGCAUAGAGUUAGUGUUAGUAAUGAUGCAUAUCAGUUAGUAAUGAUGCAUAGAGUAAGUAAUUAUACAUAGAAUUAGUAAUGAUGCAUAGAGUUAGUAAUGAUGCAUAGAGUUAGUAAUGAUGCAUAGAGUUAGGGUUAGUAGUGAUGCAUAUCAGUUAGUAAUGAUGCAUAGAGUAAGUAAUUAUACAUAGAAUUAGGAAUGAUGCAUAGAGUUAGUAAUUAUGCAAAGAGUUAGGGUUAGUAAUGGUGCAUAGGAUUAGUAAUGAUGCAUAUAGUUGGUAAUGAUGCAUAGAGUUGGUAAUGAUGCAUAGAGUUGGUAAUGAUGCAUAGAGUUGGUAAUGAUGCUUAAAGUUGGUAAUGAUGCAUAGAGUUGGUAAUGAUGCAUAGAGUUGGUAAUGAUGCAUAGAGUUGGUAAUGAUGCAUAGAGUUAGUAAUGAUGCAUAGAUUUAGUAAUGAUGCAUAGAGUUAGGGUUAGUAGUGAUGCAUAUAGUUAGGGUUAGUAAUGAUGCAUAGAGUUAGUAAUGAUGCAUAGAGUUAGGGUUAGUAGUGAUGCAUAGAGUUAGUAAUGAUGCAUAGAGUUUGUAAUUAUGCAUAGAGUUAGUAAUGAUGCAUAGAGUUAGUAAUUAUGCAAAGAGUUAGGGUUAGUAAUGGUGCAUAGGGUUAGUAAUGAUGCAUAUAGUUGGUAAUGAUGCAUAGAGUUGGUAAUGAUGCAUAGAGUUGGUAAUGAUUCAUAGAGUUAAUAAUGAUGCAUAGAGUUAGUAAUGAUGCAUAGAGUUAGGGUUAGUAAUGAUGCAUAGAGUUAGGGUUAGUAAUGAUGCAUAGAGUUAGGGUUAGUAAUGAUUCAUAGAGUUGGUAAUGAUUCAUAGAGUUGGUAAUGAUUCAUAGAGUUAGUGUUAGUAAUGAUGCAUAUCCUAAACGAUAUUAUAACCGUGAUCGAUAAUAGACAGUACUGCGCCGCCGUCUUCAUCGACCUGGCCAAGGCUUUCGACUCUGUCAACCACCGCAUUCUUAUUGGCAGACUAAAUAGCCUUGGUUUCUCUAAUGACUGCCUCGCCUGGUUCACUAACUACUUCUCAGAUAGAGUUCAAUGUGUCAAAUCGGAGGACCUGUUGUCUGGACCUCUGGCCGUCUCUAUGGGCGUGCCACAGGGUUCAAAUCUCGGGCCGACUAUUCUCUGUGUAUAUCAAUGAUGUCGCUCUUGCUGCUGGUGACGCUCGGAUCCACCUCUAUGCGGACGACACCAUUUUGUAUACAUCUGGCCCUUCAUUGGACACUGUGUUAACAAACCUCCAAACGAGCUUCAAUUCCAUACAACACUCCUUCAGUAGCCUCCAACUGCUCUUAAACACUAGUAAAACUAAAUGCAUGCUCUUCAACCGAACGCUGCUUGCACCCGCCCACCCGACUAGAAUCACUACUCUCGGCGGGUCUGACCUAGAGUAUGUGGACAACUACAAAUACCUAGGUGUCUGGUUAGACUGUAAACUCUCCUUCCAGACUCACAUUAAGCAUCUCCAAUCAAAAGUUAGAUCUAGAAUCGGCUUCCUAUUUCGCAACAAAGCCUCCUUCACUCAUGCUGCCAAACAUGCCCUUGUAAAACUGACUAUCCUACCAAUCCUUGACUUCGGCGAUGUCAUUUACAAAAUAGCCUCCAACACCCUACUCAGCAAAUUGGAUGUAGUCUAUCACAGUGCCAUCCGUUUUGUCACCAAAGCCCCAUAUACUACCCACCAUUGUGACCUGUACGCUCUUGUUGGCUGGCCCUCAUUACAUAUUCGUCGCCAAACCCACUGGCUCCAGGUCAUCUAUAAAUCACUGCUAGGCAAAUCCCAGUCUUAUCUUAGCUCACUGGUCACCAUAGCAACACCCACCCGUAGUCUGCUCUCCAGCAGGUACAGUGGGGGAAAAAAGUAUUUAGUCAGCCACCAAUUGUGCAAGUUCUCCCACUUAAAAAGAUGAGAGAGGCCUGUAAUUUUCAUCAUAGGUACACGUCAACUAUGACAGACAAAUUGAGGAAAAAAAAUCCAGAAAAUCACAUUGUAGGAUUUUUAAUGAAUUUAUUUGCAAAUUAUGGUGGAAAAUAAGUAUUUGGUCACCUACAAACAAGCAAGAUUUCUGGCUCUCACAGACCUGUAACUUCUUCUUUAAGAGGCUCCUCUGUCCUCCACUCGUUACCUGUAUUAAUGGCACCUGUUUGAACUUGUUAUCAGUAUAAAAUACACCUGUCCACAACCUCAAACAGUCACACUCCAAACUCCACUAUGGCCAAGACCAAAGAGCUGUCAAAGGACACCAGAAACAAAAUUGUAGACCUGCACCAGGCUGGGAAGACUGAAUCUGCAAUAGGUAAGCAGCUUGGUUUGAAGAAAUCAACUGUGGGAGCAAUUAUUAGGAAAUGGAAGACAUACAAGACCACUGAUAAUCUCCCUCGAUCUGGGGCUCCACGCAAGAUCUCACCCCGUGGGGUCAAAAUGAUCACAAGAACGGUGAGCAAAAAUCCCACAACCACACGGGGGGACCUAGUGAAUGUCCUGCAGAGAGCUGGGACCAAAGUAACAAAGCCUACCAUCAGUAACACACUACGCCGCCAGGGACUCAAAUCCUGCAGUGCUAGUCGUGUCCCCCUGCUUAAGCCAGUAAAUGUCCAGGCCUGUCUGAAGUUUGCUAGAGUGCAUUUGGAUGAUCCAGAAGAGGAUUGGGAGAAUGUCAUAUGGUCAGAUGAAACCAAAAUAUAACUUUUUGGUAAAAACUCAACUCGUCGUGUUUGGAGGACAAAGAAUGCUGAGUUGCAUCCAAAGAACACCAUACCUACUGUGAAGCAUGGGGGUGGAAACAUCAUGCUUUGGGGCUGUUUUUCUGCAAAGGGACCAGGACGACUGAUCUGUGUAAAGGAAAGAAUGAAUGCGGCCAUGUAUCGUGAGAUUUUGAGUGAAAACCUCCUUCCAUCAGCAAGGGCAUUGGAGAUGAAACGUGGCUGGGUCUUUCAGCAUGACAAUGAUCCCAAACACACCGCCCGGGCAACGAAGGAGUGGCUUUGUAAGAAGCAUUUCAAGGUCCUGGAGUGGCCUAGCCAGUCUCCAGAUCUCAACCCCAUAGAAAAUCUUUGGAGGGAGUUGAAAGUCUGUGUUGCCCAGCGACAGCCCCAAAACAUCACUGCUCUAGAGGAGAUCUGCAUGGAGGAAUGGGCCAAAAUACCAGCAACAGUGUGUGAAAACCUUGUGAAGACUUACAGAAAACGUUUGACCUGUGUAAUUGCCAACAAAGGGUAUAUAACAAAGUAUUGAGAAACUUUUGUUAUUGACCAAAUACCUAUUUUCCACCAUAAUUUGCAAAUAAAUUCAUUAAAAAUCCUACAAUGUGAUUUUCUGGAUUUUUUUUCCUCAAUUUGUCUGUCAUAGUUGACGUGUACCUAUGAUGAAAAUUACAGGCCUCUCUCAUCUUUUUAAGUGGGAGAACUUGCACAAUUGGUGGCUGACUAAAUACUUUUUUCCCCCACUGUAUAUCUCACUGGUCAUUCCCAAAGCCAACACCUCCUUUGGCCGCCAUUCCUUCCAGUUCUCUGCUGCCAAUGACUGGAACGAACUGCAAAAAUCUCUGAAGCUGGAGACUCUUAUCUCCCUCACUAACUUUAAGCGUCAGUUGUCAGAGUGCUCAUUUGCACCCCAGUAUCUCUAUUUGCACAUCAUCUUUUGCACAUCUAUCAUUCCAGUAUUAAACGAAAUUGUAACUAUUUUGCACUAUGGCAUAUUUAUUACCUUACCUCCAUAACUUACUACAUUCGCACACACUGUAUAUAUAUAUUCUGUUGUAUUUUUGACUUUAUGUUUUGUUUACCCCAUAUGUAACUCUGUGUUGUUGUUUUUAUCGCACUGCUUUGCUUUAUCUUGGCCAGGUCGCAGUUGUUCUCAACUGAAUUACCUGGUUAAACAAAGGUUAAAUAAAUAAAAAAUAAAAAAUAUCAGUUAGUAAUGAUUCAUAGUUAGGGUUAGUAAUGAUGCAUAGAGUUGGUAAUGAUGCAUAGAGUUAGUAAUGAUGCAUAUAGUUAGGGUUAGUAAUGAUGCAUAGAGUUAAUAAUGAUGCAUAGGGUUAGCAAUGAUGCAUAGAGUUAGUAAUGAUGCAUAGAGUUAGGGUUAGUAAUGAUGCAUAUCAGUUAGUAAUGAUGCAUAGAGUUAGUAAUGAUGCAUAGAGUUAGUAAUGAUGCAUAGGGUUAGUAAUGAUGCAUAGAGUUAGUAAUGAUGCAUAGAGUUAGGGUUAGUAAUGAUGCAUAUCAGUUAGUAAUGAUUCAUAGAGUUAGUGUUAGUAAUGAUGCAUAUCAGUUAGUAAUGAUGCAUAGAUUUAGGGUUAGUAAUGAUGCAUAGGGUUAGUAAUGAUGCAUAGAGUUAGUAAUGAUUCAUAGAGUUAGUAAUGAUUCAUAGAGUUAGUGUUAGUAAUGAUGCAUAGAGUUAGUAAUGAUGCAUAGAGUUAGUAAUGAUACAUAGAGUUAGUGUUAGUAGUGAUUCAUACAGUGGGGAAAAUAAGUAUUUAGUCAGCCACCAAUUGUGCAAGUUCUCCCACUUAAAAAGAUGAGAGAGGCCUGUAAUUUUCAUCAUAGGUACACGUCAACUAUGACAGACAAAUUGAGAUUUCUUUUCUCCAGAAAAUCACAUUGUAGGAUUUUUUAUGAAUUUAUUUGCAAAUUAUGGUGGAAAAUAAGUAUUUAGUCACCUACAAACAAGCAAGAUUUCUGGCUCUCACAGACCUGUAACUACUUCUUUAAGAGGCUCCUCUGUCCUCCACUCGUUACCUGUAUUAAUGGCACCUGUUUGAACUUGUUAUCAGUAUAAAAGACACCUGUCCACAACCUCAAACAGUCACACUCCAAACUCCACUAUGGCCAAGACCAAAGAGCUGUCAAAGGACACCAGAAACAAAAUUGUAGACCUGCACCAGGCUGGGAAGACUGAAUCUGCAAUAGGUAAGCAGCUUGGUUUGAAGAAAUCAACUGUGGGAGCAAUUAUUAGGGAAUGGAAGACAUACAAGACCACUGAUAAUCUCCCUCGAUCUGGGGCUCCACGCAAGAUCUCACCCCGUGGGGUCAAAAUGAUCACAAGAACGGUGAGCAAAAAUCCCACAACCACACGGGGGGACCUAGUGAAUGUCCUGCAGAGAGCUGGGACCAAAGUAACAAAGCCUACCAUCAGUAACACACUACGCCGCCAGGGACUCAAAUCCUGCAGUGCUAGUCGUGUCCCCCUGCUUAAGCCAGUAAAUGUCCAGGCCUGUCUGAAGUUUGCUAGAGUGCAUUUGGAUGAUCCAGAAGAGGAUUGGGAGAAUGUCAUAUGGUCAGAUGAAACCAAAAUAUAACUUUUUGGUAAAAACUCAACUCGUCGUGUUUGGAGGACAAAGAAUGCUGAGUUGCAUCCAAAGAACACCAUACCUACUGUGAAGCAUGGGGGUGGAAACAUCAUGCUUUGGGGCUGUUUUUCUGCAAAGGGACCAGGACGACUGAUCUGUGUAAAGGAAAGAAUGAAUGCGGCCAUGUAUCGUGAGAUUUUGAGUGAAAACCUCCUUCCAUCAGCAAGGGCAUUGGAGAUGAAACGUGGCUGGGUCUUUCAGCAUGACAAUGAUCCCAAACACACCGCCCGGGCAACAAAGGAGUGGCUUCGUAAGAAGCAUUUCAAGGUCCUGGAGUGGCCUAGCCAGUCUCCAAAUCUCAACCCCAUAGAAAAUCUUUGGAGGGAGUUGAAAGUCCGUGUUGCCCAGCGACAGCCCCAAAACAUCACUGCUCUAGAGGAGAUCUGCAUGGAGGAAUGGGCCAAAAUACCAGCAACAGUGUGUGAAAACCUUGUGAAGACUUACAGAAAACGUUUGACCUGUGUCAUUGCCAACAAAGGGUAUAUAACAAAGUAUUGAGAAACUUUUGUUAUUGACCAAAUACUUAUUUUCCACCAUAAUUUGCAAAUAAAUUAAUAAAAAAUCCUACAAUGUGAUUUUCUGGAUUUUUCUUUCUCAUUUUGUCUGUCAUAGUUGAUGUGUACCUAUGAUGAAAAUUACAGGCCUCUCUCAUCUUUUUAAGUGGGAGAACUUGCACAAUUGGUGGCUGACUAAAUACUUUUUUCCCCCACUGUAUAGUUAGUGUUAGUAAUUAUGCAUAGAGUUAGGGUUAGUAAUGAUUCAUAGAGUUAGUGUUAGUAAUGAUGCAUAGAGUUAGUAAUGAUGCAUAUCAGUUAGUAAUGAUGCAUAGAGUUAGGGUUAGUAAUGAUGCAUAGAGUUAGGGUUAGUAGUAAUGAUUCAUAGAGUUAGUAAUGAUGCAUAGAGUUAGUAAUGAUGCAUAGAGUUAGUGUUAGUAAUGAUGCAUAGAGUUAGUAAUGAUGCAUAGAGUUAGUAAUGAUGCAUAGAGUUAGUGUUAGUAAUGAUGCAUAUAGUUAGUAAUGAUGCAUAGAGUUAGUAAUGAUGCAUAGAGUUAGGGUUAGUAAUGGUGCAUAGGAUUAGUAAUGAUGCAUAUAGUUAGUGUUAGUAAUGAUGCAUAGAGUUAGUGUUAGUAAUGAUGCAUAGAGUUAGUAAUGAUGCAUAGUGUUAGUAAUGAUGCAUAGAGUUAGUAAUGAUUUGGGUGUGGGUGUGUGUUUGUGUAGGAGGGGCCCAUUUUGACACACUGACUGUUCCGCGAAGUCAAAUAAGCGUGUGAGUCACUGUGUGUGUGUAUGUGUGUGUGUGUUGCAAUUCCAAAACAGACGGGACCCUCUAGCUAGUCAAGCUCUCCCCCUAAGACAGACAGACAGGCUGCUUAGAGAAGUGGCAUGCUAUUAUCUCUGUGCCUAUCUCUCCCUGUCUCGCUCUGUCUCUCCCUGUCUCUCCCUGUCUCUCCCCAUCUCUCCCUGUCUCUCCAUGUCUCACCCCAGCUCUCCCCAUCUCUCCCUGUCUCUCCCCAUCUCUCCCUGUCUCUCCAUGUCUCUCCCCAUCUCUCCCUGUCUCUCUCUGUCGCUCUCUGUCUCUCCUGACCUCUCCCUGUCUCUCCCCAUAUCUCCCUGUCUCUCCAUGUCUCACCCCAGCUCUCCCCAUCUCUCCCUGUCUCUCCCCAUCUCUCCCUGUCUCUCCAUGUCUCUCCCCAUCUCUCCCUGUCUCUCUCUGUCUCUCUCUGUCUCUCCUGACCUCUCCCUGUCUCUCCCUGUCUCUCUCCAUCUCUCCCUGUCUCUCUCUGUCGAUCUCUGUCUCUCCUGACCUCUCCCUGUCUCUCCCUGUCUCUCCCCAUCUCUCCCCGUCUCUCUCUGUCGCUCUCUGUCUCUCCUGACCUCUCCCUGUCUCUCCCCAUCUCUCCCUGUCUCUCCCUGUCUCUCCCUGCCCCUCUUGUUCUGUUGUUUUGCCCUUUUCUAUCAGAGGAAGACAAAACUGUCUGUAAAGAACUGUUGAUUCUUAAUGUGCUACAAAUAAUACAGAAUGUGUUCUGAUUGACUGCGCAUUCAUACAGAAUGUGUUCUGAUUUACUGCUCAUUCAUACUGAAUGUUUGUCAGUCCACUGAGGUGUUUUCAGUGUGACAGGACAUAGACUAGAGAGAAACAGAUAGAAAGCCAUGCAAUGUAGCCAUGUAAUGUAACCAUGUAAUCUGGUUAUAGACCCUUAGAAUGCGUAACAUGUAGUAUAGGAACAUUAGUCAGAACCAAUUGGGAUUUUGAUCCUGCCCCUGACCGUUGGCGCACUGUGUCCUUUCCUUAGACUGCUUAUGUGUGUACCAACCUCCUGUUUAGUGAGACACACACAACCAAUAGGGGACACAGGGUCCCCUUUGGCCUGUCGUACACACCCACACACACACACACACACACACACACACACACACACACACACACACACACACACACACACCAUGCACCACUGGGUGUGUAUAGACUGGUCACAGUCCUAUAAGCGCCUCAGGGAGGGUCAGAGAGUGAUAGAACAGAUCCUGAAGAGCAGCCAAAGGCCCUGGCAUGGAGCCAACUCACUCCUGGCCAAACCUCCUCCAGAACCACUAACCAGACCGCCACAGUGUGGGUGGGUGUCCUAGACUCAAAACUCAAUUCAAUGUCCAAAAGCUCUUGACAAUCCAAAGGGAAAUAUCCAAGCAACAAUGUUUUGAAAUCUGAAGUCCAGUCUUAGUUUGUUGGGAGGUUGUGGUCAAUGAAGACCCUCUUUUCCAUAGAGACAGGGGCCCAGUCAAAAGAAGUGGGUGAAAAAGCUCUCAACAAAUGAAUGACUCUUGGAUGGUCUCCAGAGCUAGUCUGUUUGUACCAUUAAAUCAUGAAAGGAAUAAAGCCAUAUUUGGGCUGUACUCUGUGUUGUGUGUGUGUGUGUAUAUAUAUUACACUCCAAUAUAUAUCAGUUGGUUAUUUCAUCAGUUUUCUCACUAUACACUAGAUGUUGAGGUAUCGGAGCAAUCUGAGGCUGCCAAUAACACACACACACACACACACACACACAUACACACACACACACACACAGACCAACACCAACACACACACACACACACACUCAGUUACUUAGCAACAAAGGUAGCUUGGAGGCAGCUUUACUUGCUAUCCCUGACCUCAUCAUUGAUCUAGGGCGGCAGGUAGCUUAGUGGUUAAGAGCGUUGUGCCAGUAACCGAAAGGUCGCUGGUUCUAAUCCCUGAGCCGACUAGGUGAAAAAUCUGUCGAUAUUCCCUUGAGCAAGGCACUUAACCCUAAUUGCUCCUGUAAGUUGCUCUGGAUAAGAGUGUCUGCUAAAUGACUUAAAUGUAAUCUACCAGCCACUAUACAAGAUGUUGCAUCCUCUGUGACUUGUCUCAACAGAGACACCUUCUGGACAAAUGCAGUUAUUUGGGUGUAUUACAUUUCCUCUCCCCGUAUCUAACUUGUGUGUGUGUGUUUUGUCCUGUUGCAGAGUAACUACCUGGUGUUUAUGGUGUGUUUUGUCCUGUUGCAGAGUAACUACCUGGUGUUUAUGCUGUGUUUUGUCCUGUUGCAGAGUAACUACCUGGUGUUUAUGCUGUGUUUUGUCCUGUUGCAAAGUAAUUACCUGGUGUGUGUGCUGUGUUUUGCCCUGUUGCAGAGUAACUACCUGGUGUUUAUGCUGUGUUUUGUCCUGUUGCAGAACAACUACCUGGUGUUUAUGCUGUGUUUUGUCCUGUUGCAGAGUAACUACCUGAUGUUUAUGCUGUGUUUUGUCCUGUUGCAGAGUAACUACCUGGUGUUUAUGGCAGAGCUGUUCUGGUGGUUUGAAGUGGUGAAGCCUUCGUUUGUACAGCCCAGAGUCUUUGACCCACAAGGUAAGGAUAUUGGUGUGGGAAAGCCAAAAAGGAUGAUGAUGAUUGGGAUUAUGAAGAUAAUCAACUGCAUUUGCAUAUCACAUUAUAUCAUAUAUCACAUAUCACACAUAUCAGUUUUCACCAGAACUCAGAUCACGUCACAGACCUUUAUUGACUUGAGAAUCCUGAAGAAUGAUUGGUGUUUGUUUGUACCCAGCGUGGGAUCCUGCCCAUUCAUCCAGGACUAUGGGUGCUAUGUGUAGCCCAGCCAAACAGGACUUUGGGGACAGACCUGACAGCCCAGAAGACAACAAGUAUGAUUUAAUAUUGAGUGGACAAAUAUAACGACCUGUAGUUAUUAAAUGUUCUCUUAUUGAACAAGGUUAUGAAAGGUCCAGCAUAGUUCAACUCAGCAGUUACAGGAGUUAUGCUCUUGAGCUUUAUCAGAAUACUCUCUCUCCCCCCCCCACUCUCAGGCUUCAACCAGACUCUGCUUCAGGUAAGAACACAGGAACUACCUACCCCUCUCCUCAGAAUCACAAACACU